AUGAGAGGUGUUAUUUUAUGUUUAGCUCUCCUUUUUUGGAGACAAGCAUGGGUAUCAAGUAAGAGUCACAGAUGCGAUUUUACAAAGGAAAAAUAUUUAUUAUCAGAUAAGAAUGAAGUAUAUUGUGAAAUAGAAGCUAAACCUUUUGAUGAUAUUACUUUUAUAUGUCCUAAUAAGACUGGUGCAUUAUGUUUUGAUACUGUAAAUACAUCUAAAAGUACAGAUGAACACAAAAUGAAUUCAUCAAAAAUGUCGAUACAAGAUAUAUUAUAUGGUUCAGUUGUUUAUGGUAAUACUCUUUUAGUAUCUCCUUAUGUUAAAUCCAAUAUUUCUUUUUAUUGUUUUUGUAAUUUGGAUAUUGUGACUAUACAAAAAUUUUUAAAAGUUAAUAGAUACUUAAAAGAUGAUGAUGAAUUACAUGAAGCAGAUAUGAUGAAACAUUUAAAAGGAGGUAACGUUAGCAAGGAAAAAUAUGAUGAAUAUUUAAAUAAAGCAUUAAAUAGAUUAAAAAAAAUGAAAGAUCUUUCAAAUUUUUAUAAUAAUGAAUCGCAGAAUAAGCCCGAAUUAAAACUACCAGAUUUUUUAAAAAUUCCACAAUAUAUAUUAAGCAAUGAUACUUAUAAAAAUGCUGCCAGAGGUAGUAAUAAUGGAGAUAAUUUUAUUGUUGAUGAUGUUACACAAAAGAAAAUUAUUUCUAAAUAUGGAAUAAUGAAAGUUUUUGUUCAUAAUAACAAUAAUGUAAUAAAAGGUUGUGAUUUUGGAACCAAUAGUUAUAAUUAUUUUUCUCAACAAUUUCCUUCUCAAGAUAAUGUAAAUAAUAAAGUUUGUAAACUACAAGCAAAACCUGGAGAAUUAGUUGGAUUUAAAUGUGCUUUUGAUGGUAAAGAUACAAUCGAACCAGCUAAUUGUUUUGAUAAAGUAUUAUAUGAAAAUAAAGAAACAGAUUUAAAAACAUUAAUUCCAGGAUAUAUUUCUUUUAAAAAUAAGCAUAGCUCUAAAUAUCCAUACUAUUUAAAAAUACCACAUUAUGUUAAGCAACAAUAUACUAUUCAAUGUAAAUGUAAAUCAAGCAAGUCAUAUUAUGAUUACUACACAUUUGAAUUAGAUAUACAACCAGGAGAAAGUGAAGUCCUUAAUAAAUCUUUUAACAGUUCAUAA